AUGUCGGUAACUAUCGACAGUGGACCACAUGAUGGUCCUGAUAGGAUUGUUCCCGAAAGCUCUCCUAAACGACCAUUUGGAGAGCGUACACACUCCCUUGUGAGGGCUUUCACUACAAAAGAUGGAUUGAUUGGAAACUAUGACUAUGCAUUUCUCUUCAAACCCAAUCUCCCCUUCAUGAAGAAGUCAAAAAGACGAGCACCUUUCUUCGGCCUUCAAGAUCGCAUGCCAGUCGUACUAGGUCUCCUCCUUGGAUUUCAACAUUCUCUCGCUAUGUUAGCGGGUAUCAUUACACCCCCCAUUCUCAUAGCCGGAUCGGCAUACUUCGAUACGGAAACAACUCAAUAUCUCGUGUCUACCUCUCUCAUCGUAUCGGGUAUCUUAUCCGCAGUCCAGAUCACCCGUUUCAAGAUUAUGAAAACACCUUAUUAUAUCGGGACGGGUUUGAUUUCGGUGGUGGGUACCUCGUUUGCUAUUAUCCCGCUCGCCUCAAAGGGCUUUUCGCAAAUGUACGCAAAUGGCAUGUGCAAAACCGCGGAUGAUGGAACGCCAUUGCCGUGUCCGGAGGCCUAUGGAGCGCUGCUUGGAACGGCUUCACUAUGUGCACUUCUUGAAAUAGGUCUCUCGUUCAUGACGCCUAGACUUCUGAAGAAACUCUUUCCACCGAUUGUUACGGGUCCAACGGUUAUGCUAAUCGGGGUAUCACUUAUUGAAACGGGACUGGAAGGUUGGGCAGGCGGAAGUGGAACUUGUAUGUCAAGACCAAGUACAGGAGAUUUCAUGCUCUGUCCCUCUAACGUUUCACCUCAUGCACUCCCAUGGGGAUCCGCUGAGUUUAUCGGUCUUGGCUUUUCCGUCUUCAUCACUAUCAUCAUUUGCGAACGCUUCGGAUCCCCCAUUAUGAAAUCGCUCGCUGUCGUCCUCGGUCUCUUGGUUGGUUGUAUCAUCGCCGCCGCAUGCGGCUAUUUCGACAGUAGUGGAAUUACCGCUGCACCUGUCGCAUCUUUUAUCUGGGUAAAAACAUUUCCCCUAACAAUCUACGGCCCCUUCAUAUUACCCCUCCUCGCCAUCUACCUCAUCCUAAUGAUGGAAGCCAUCGGCGACAUAACCGCCACUUGCGACGUCUCUCGUCUCCAAGUCGACGGCACCCUCUUCGAUUCCCGCAUCCAAGGCGGUGUCUUAGCCGACGGUCUCAACGGUAUGCUAGCCGGUCUCUGCACCAUCACCCCCAUGUCCACCUUUGCACAAAACAACGGCGUCAUCGCCCUCACGCGCUGCGCUAACCGCAAAGCCGGUUUCGCCGCCUGCUUUUUCCUCGUCGUCAUGGGCAUCUUUGCUAAAUUCGCAGCGGCCAUUACGUCAAUCCCAGCACCGGUUCUCGGCGGUAUGACCACGUUUCUCUUUGCUAGUGUGGCAGUCUCAGGUCUGCGCAUUAUUUCUACAGUGCCGUUUACGCGUCGUGCGCGAUUUAUUUUGACGGCGUCGCUGGCGUUGGGGUAUGGAGCGACGCUGGUUCCGGAUUGGUUCUCGUUUGUUUUUACGUAUGAGGGGGGGGAUAGCGCGAAGGAGGGGUUUUUUGAUGCGAUUGUUUUGGUGAUGGAGACGGGGUUUUGCGGUGACGGCUUUUGUGGCGGGAGGGUGAGGGGGGGGAUGAGGGACAGGGAGAGGGAGAGAGAGGAUAGGGAAUUGGAUAUGAGGGGUUCUGGGGCAGGUCGGGUGGAACGUGCAAGUUUUGAGAUGAGCAAGACGGUGAAUGGAGAUGCGGAUGCGGAUGUGGAUGCAGAGGAGGGGGAUGGGGAUGGGGAGUUGAAGUCGAAGUGA